UCAAAAUUUUCCUUUAAACAAAAGUUGUUAAAAAACUUUUCUUGUAGUACUUUAGUUCGAUAUCAACAUGUGAGUAAUCUUUCAUGGUAAAAAAAAUAAUUAUGACGAAAUCUGUAUAAAUACGUGAUUAAUGUGAUUAUAGAUCGUUAUAUAAUACAUUUGUUUUUAUGUAUAAUUAAAUUUUAUAGUCACUGAGCGAGUAUUUAAAGUAAGUCAACGAUAUGAAAAGAUACGUGUAGAUAAGAAUUGAAAAUCCUUGAAUCUUUUCUCAGGGUAAAGUCGCAGAGUAAUACGUAGUUGACAAGUACAUCACACAAAAUGAAUAAUCCUCUAAAACCAAACAGUGAGUUAAUUUUAAGAAGAAAUAAUAAAGUUUACGGUAUUCCGAUGAAAGAAGAAAUUGGACAAAAUGGGUACGGUUACUACGUGUAUGAAAAAAUGAUUAAAAAUAAAGAUAAAAUCUUCCAAAUCCAUGGGUUAACCGGAGAAAGUGAAACUUACGGGAAUUUAUUAAAACGCUGUAAAAGAGUGGCAUUGGAAAUGAUGAAUCGAGGAGUAACAGAAAAGGAUGUCGUUCUUCUUUGUAGUCAAAACACUUUGGAUGCGAUUGUUCCAGUUUUUUCAACUCAAUUUAUAAACACAAUUUUGUGCAGUGUCGAUCCAUCUCAAUCCGUUAAAGAAGUUGCUUAUCUUUUAAAUUUAGCUAAACCCAAAAUGGGAUUUAUCGAAAAAGAAUCUGUAAAUUUAAUUAAGGAUGCUUUAGAAAUAAAUGGUUUAAAAAUGGAAAUUAUUGUUAUGACCCAUGAUGAUGAUAAGAAUUGUCUGGGAUACUUUUUAAAUCCUAAAAUUGAGGAAGACGAUUUUAAACCGAAGAUUAUGAAAGAUUAUAAGAAACCGGGUUUUCUGUUUUUUAGCAGUGGGACUACAGGAAUGCCAAAAGGAAUUCUUUAUUCUGGUUAUUCUAGUCUAAAUAAUAAUUUGAGUGUCAGUCAACUUGGUUUUGAAGCUAAAAUUGGAACUCAUUUAUCUACGUUUUAUUGGGGAUCAGCAUUACUAGUAACGACAAAAGUACUAAUCAGUGAUGGAAUGAAAGUUGUUAUUCCAACCAGGGACACAAGAAUUUUUGCGAAAGCUAUGAGCGAUUAUAAAGUUACUUUAGCGUUUACAUCUUAUACUUUUGCUAUUGGAUUAAACGAAACCAUUACAAAAGAUUUAAAUUUUAACAAUCUUGAGUAUUUACUUAUUGGUGGUUCAAUAGUUCCCGAAAACCAUCUCAUAAAAUGUAGAAAACUUCUCCCAAAAACACUAGUUUUGUUGUCUUAUGGCCAAACGGAAGCCGGAUACAUAACCAGUUUUACAAGAGAAACUUAUCCCGUUGCUUUGCAAAAAAUUUCGUGUGUUGGUCCACCAAUUCCCGGAACUAUUAUAAAAAUCACCGAUCCAGACACUGAAGAACUUCUUGGAAUCAAUCAAAAAGGUGAAAUUUGUGUAAAAACCAACUGGCAUUUAAACGGUUAUCACAAUGCGGAUACUACAACCAUUUUCGAUAAAGCCGGUUAUCUUAAAACGGGAGAUUUGGGAUAUUUCGAUGAAGAUAACUGUUUGUACGUUAGUGAUCGAUUAAAAGAAACGUUUAAAUUUCAAGGUUGGCACGUUAGCCCGGCUGCUAUUGAAGAAGUUCUUCUUAAACAUUCGGCUAUUAAGGAAGGUGUGGUAAUCGGAGUUCCACAUCCAUUAGAUGAAACACACGCGUUAGCCGUUGUAGUUCUUAGGGAAGGUUACGAAGGCAUUAACGAAGAAGAAAUUAUUCAGUUUGUAAAUGAACGGGUUUCGGAUAGACAGAAAUUAAGAGCCGGAGUUAGAGUUUUGAAGGAGUUGCCGAAAACUCCGUCUGGAAAAAUAAUGAAAAGAAAAAUUAGAGACAACUUUAUAAACAAGAUAUGUUGUAAUUCAACAAUCAUGAUAGCUACACAAAAUUUUACUAAAAGGGAACGAAAUUAUAUUUCCGGUCCAAAAUUUGAACAUGAUGAGUUUAUCGAAGAUGGAUUAGGAUGUUACCUCUUCAACAAAUUUACACAACAUUCAAAUAAAAUAUUUCAGGUUAAUGCUAUAACAGGUGAAACAGAAACUUACGGAGUUCUUUUAAAACGCUCGAUAAGAUGUGCUUUAGAAAUGAAAAAACGCGGUGUUAUAGAAAACGAUGUGAUUGUUAUGUGCAGUGGAAACUCGAUGGAUUGUUUCGUUCCCAUAUUAGCUACUCAAUUAUUAAACGCAUCUGUUGCAACAUUAGAUCCAAGUCAAUCAAAACGAGAUGUUGUGUAUUUAUUAAAUAUGGUCAAUCCAAAAAUGAUAUUUGUGGAAAAUACAUCUUUUAAGUUGAUUGAGGAAGCAAAAACUGAAUUUAAUUUUUUAACUGAAAUUGUUAUCAUGGGGAAAGAUACAUAUUCAAAUUCUUUUGAAGAUUUUUUAAGCCCUAAUACAUAUGAAAAAUAUUUUAGACCAACAUGUGUAGAAAAUCGAGAUAACACAGCAUUUAUUUUAUUUAGUAGUGGAACAACUGGAAUGCCAAAAGGAAUUUGUUUAUCUGGAGAAAGAUUAUUAGGAGCUGUUUUAGCUUUAAUCCAAAUUGGUUUUUAUGGUAACACAUCAAUUCACUUAACAUCAUUUUAUUGGAUAUCAGCAUUAUGGGUAACCCUUCUCACCAUUAUCAAAGGAGGUAAAAAAGUUAUUUUGCCAAAUUCUAACAUGGAUGCAAUAUUAAAAGCAGUUGAAGAUUAUAAAAUAACAUUUGCACUGUUCGGAACAAACAUCGUUUAUGAAAUGAACGAAGAAAUUUGUAACAAAUACGAUCUGUCUUCGUUUGAAUUAAUAGUCACAGGUGGUUCUCCAAUUUCAUACGAUCAUCUUGAAAAAUGUCGGAAAUUCUUACCGGGUACCGAAAUAACUCCGGGAUAUGGAUUAACUGAAUCUGGUGGAUUAACUGCUAUUUUUCCUAAAGAUCAUUCUUAUUUGUAUGGAUUAUAUCCGGGAAGUUGUGGAACACCAACACCAGGAGUCACCAUAAAAAUUGUAAAUCCAGAUACUGAAGAAAUUUUAGGUCCUAACCAAAGUGGUGAAAUCAGAGUUUUUAGCAAUUUCCUUUUUACCAAAUAUCACAAAAUCGAUUCCAAAAACGCGUUCGAUUAUGAAGGAUUUGUAAAAACCGGCGAUAUAGGUUAUUUUGAUGAAAAUAACAUUUUAUACGUUUCCGAUCGGCUAAAAGACAUGUUUAAAUAUAAAUCUUGGCACAUCGUACCAGCUUCAGUGGAAAGAAUCAUUUAUCAACAUCCCGCUGUUAAAGAAGCUGUGGUUGUUGGAAAACCUCACCCAUUAGACGGCGAUCUCCCAAUGGCUUUGAUAGUUUUAAAAGAGAAAUAUUUACAUGUUAACGAAGAAGAAUUAGCUAAGUUUAUUAAUGAAAGGGUUUUAGAAAGGGAACAAUUAAGAGGUGGAUUGAGGAUUGUUAAAGGUUUUCCGAAAACGCCAUCAGGAAAAAUUCCAAGAAAUUUAAUUAGAAAACAAAUUUUGGAACGAAAUUUAUAAAAUUAAUUGAUUGAAA